AUGGACGGCGACGUUCAACCAUCCGAGAAGAUUGUGGACGAAAUGCAAGCAGACGGGACCGAAGUCCGGAAAGAUGCUGAGCAGCAACAGCUCCACGAGACGCAGCCUUUUGGGGGCACUAUUCAGAUCCUCGACGCCCAGCAAUCCCCGCAGAAGCAGACUCAUGGGCGCCUGCAGCAGUACACUGAGCUGUCCGAAGCCAUCCUCCCUGAUGGAGACUUGUACGUCAUUCUUCUGAACUCUCAGAACUCGAUGCUCGCCGGCUUCCGGGUAUCCUCUCAGAUCUGUCGGGUCGCCUCGACGGCCUUUGCGAAACAAAUCGAUGCAGAGUUCAGCAUACAAGAUGAUUGCAAGGUCAUCUUCAUCCGUCUCUCCCCUGGGUCCUCGCGGAUCGAUAGAAAAGCCCUUCGAUGCAUACUUUCAGUCUUGCACUACACCAACAUUGAUCAGUACGAAGAACUCCCAGUCGAAGACCUUCUACGAGUCUCGCAAACCAAUCUCUCUUUGAAGUGCAACAAGGCGCUUGUACCUUGGAUCGGUACUUGGUGUCGCAAAGUCCUCCAGACCAUCAUCGACAGCGAACAGCCAACCACAGUGGACCUCGGAAUGUUAUUGAAGUCAGCAGACAACUUUGAAGCCAAAGACGAACUCGUUAAGCUGAAGCAAUUUGCUGUUCACAACCUUCCCCUUAUGUUCCGAGAUAUCUGGGGCGAGAACCUACCCCUCGUGACAUUACAUGAGUGCAAAUCUCUCGAUGGGCUCUUUGUCCACAUCAACGAUCUAUUUGUUCGCGUUUUCCAUCGCAUCCGGUCACUAGAGGGCCCCCUGGAGACUCGGAACGAAGCAUACCUCACCAACCGUCGGAUCUGCCUUAGUUGCAGCCGACGGCACCCAUCCGGCACCAAGGAAUGCCACCGUUGUCGCAACAAAUUACUGCACGAUGAAAUCUGCACGAAAAGCUCUCGUAUCGGCGAGUAUUUCAGCAUCCUCAAACUUCACCGGCUAUGGCCUGACGAUGUCAUGACACAGAAGGACACCACAAUUUCGACGAUUGCUCAGCGUGUCACCGAUAUGACUAGCAAAAUCCCGCAUACUUGCAGCCGGGGCAUGAAAUGCCCCCUGAUUGUCCACCUCAACGCUCUACGAGCCAAUCUAGAGAAGAUUGUGGACGGAUGUGCUGGAGGCGAAACCUCGGAUACCCGGAAGAAACUCGAAAAGAUGAACGCUGCCGACUACAAGAAGAACAGCCAUAUGGUAGAAGGCGGCCAUGCUACUGCCGAGGUGGAGGCUCUUACCAUGGACUGA